AUGGGGUGUUUGAGUGUGGGUGCUCCAUACCCAGCAACAAAUGGUGCAGCAGUUCUGUGGCUGCUAAAAUUGAACUUGAUCUACAGGCUACAGCUAGUUGGAUUGCUGUUGUCUGUACAAGGAUGGAUUUUACUUGGUACCUGUAACUAUUCAGCAGACUGGAAAAAUCACAACUUAGACUUAAAUGUACUGGAGCUUUGGACCAUGGGACUAUGGCAAAUCUGUACAGUCCAAGCCAUAGGAAGAACACAGUGUGAAGAUUUUACUGAUUUCCUAGUUUUGCCUCUAGAAUUACAGUUUUCUAGGAUUUUAGUACCUACAUUAUAUGGACUAGGAUUUCUGAGCCUUGUGAUCUGUAGUCUUGAUCUGUACUGCCUAAGGAUGGAGAGUACAGAGCUGAAGCUAAAGAAACAGCUGUUACUGCUUGAAGGAAUAUUUCUGUGCGUGGUUGGAGUUUUGGCCUUCGUUGUUUCUUGGGCUGCCUGUACCAUAAUCCAGGAAUGUUGGGAUAAAGACAUCCCGGAGGUUGUGCCCAGAUGGGAAAUAAGGGGUGUACUAUUCUGUGAUUAG